AUGGCACAGUCUACAUGGCAGGAGAAAGUCGAGCACAGAAUAGCUCAGGCUAGGAACAAAACCCCACUAGACUGGCGCUUGCCCUCCUCCUACCUGGAGGAACUGCAGGAUACUUCACAAUCGGUUCUUGACAUUCCGCGCCAUUGCGGUAUCCUAUCGGAAAGAGAGCUCCAUAUUACUGAAGAAUUUGACGCAACUGCCUUACUCGAGCAGCUUGCGUCUCGCCAGUUCAGUGCAGUAGAGGUUACGACUGCAUUCUGCAAGCGUGCAGCGGUUGCCCAACAGGUGACCUCAUGUCUGACGGAGACUUUCUUCGAUACAGCCCUCCGAAGAGCUCAGGAACUAGAUGAGCAUUUGACCAUGACGGGGAAGACAAUGGGCCCGCUUCACGGACUCCCAGUCAGCCUCAAGGAAUGUUUCAAUGUUAUGGAUGUGCCGACUACUAUGGGGUUUGUAUCCUUCCUCGAGCGGCCACCGCAAUCCACCAAUUCCGUCCUCGUGGAUGUCCUGCUGGCGGCUGGAGCAGUGUUAUAUGUGAAGACCAAUAUCCCUCAGACUAUGAUGACCUUGGACACGCACAACAAUGUCUUUGGUCGGACACUGAACCCUCAUCGCUUGAAUCUCACGGCCGGCGGCAGUACAGGUGGCGAAGGAGCGCUACUUGCCAUGCGAGGAUCGCUGCUCGGGAUCGGAACAGACAUCGCUGGGUCCAUUCGUGUACCAGCGCUAUGCUGUGGGCUUGUGGGCUUCAAGCCCUCUGCAAGUCGUGUCCCCUAUGGCGGUAUUACAUCUGCUGCGAGGCCGGGGAUGGCAGGCUUUCUCCCCUGCGCUGGUCCCCUGUGUCAUUCGGUCCGGGAUGCCGAACUGCUGCUGAAAGUGGCUUGUAACUCGAAUGCGGCCGAUAUGGAUGAUAAUGCGCUGGGCGUCCCAUGGAACAAUGAACCCUGCCAGGAAUUGUCCCUCCGGGUAGGUUUGCUACCGGAGGAUACCAUGUACCCUCUUCAUCCUCCAAUGCAGCGUGCUCUGAGGGAUGCAGUGGCUAAGCUGUCAGCUGCAGGUCAUGAGGUGAUUGAUGUUUCACAGCAUAUGCCAUCCGUGUCUGAAGCAAAGGAGGUAGCUUUUCGAUUCUUUAACAUGGACCCUGAUCGCACGGCAUUGACCCACGUCACCAACGGUGGUGAACCCUUUAUCCCAUCCCUCAAGGCCACAUAUGAUCUUGAUAAUGCCGCUCCAACGCCCCAGCUGCCGGAGCUGUACGAGCUGAAUGUGAGGAAAUCCAAGCUUACCACGAAAAUGAGGCAGGCAUUCGUGAAUAAGAAGGUGGAUGUCAUCAUUGGCCCAGCCUACCAAAGCUGUGCUGUUCCGCAUGACACGUAUGGUGUGGCCACAUACACAGUCUUCUGCAAUCUCUUCAAUGUACGUGGGAUCCCCACCAAACAAUCGGUCUUCAUCUUAACUUGUGUGCAGACCCCAGCCUGUGUCAUGCCAUUUGGAAUGGCAAAUGCAGCCGAAGACGCCCAAUUUGUGCGAGACGUCCCGUACACGCCACAGUAUAAACCCCAGGAAGUCGAAGGGGCACCAUGUCACAUUCAGUUGAUUGGCAGAACUAUGAAGGAUGAAAAUCUGAUGCAACAUGCCUGGAUUAUUGAAAAGGUCUUGCGUAGUUAA